AUGCCGAUUCCAUCCCCUUGUUCUCUCAGCCAUCCGAUUGCGUCAUUUCCGAUAUCCACGUUUCAUUCACAUCGACCUCAUCGAUUCUCCAAGAGAAAUUCAACCUGGAUUCGAGGAAAGGGAAGAAUCUAUGUGAAAUCGAGCAAUUCAGAGGCGAAAUCGGACGAAACAAAGCAAAAAUCGACUAGUUCUAGUGAAAACAAUGAUACGAGCAGCGGCAAUACAUCUAGCUUCUUGUCUUUUCUCUGUCCACUGCUUAAAGUUUUCUCUGGAGGUGAUCCUUCUCAACAGCGGAAUCAUGCUCUGGAGGUUGCAACUUCUUCGUUAGCAUCUGUUGCAAGACUUCCAUGGGGAUCUAGAGUAUCAUCUGGGAGCAUAGAUAGCCAAGAUGUUUCUCCUAAUCCUCCUCUGCGAUUGCAGCUUUUUGAAUUUGAGGCAUGUCCCUUUUGCCGGAGGGUGCGGGAAGCCUUGACUGAGCUAGACCUUUCUGUUGAAGUUUAUCCUUGUCCUAAAGGAUCUGUAAGACACAGAGAAAUGGUUAGAAGAUCCGGCGGAAAAGAGAUGUUUCCGUUCCUCAUCGACCCGAAUACUGAUACUUUAAUGUAUGAGAGUGGUGACAUUGUAAAGUACCUAUUUAAUCAAUAUGGAAAUGGAAGAGGCCCGUCCACCGGACUUUUGGAAAGCACCUUAUUUACUGGAUGGAUGCCAACGCUUCUCCGAGCAGGUAGAGGCAUGUCAUUGUGGGACAAGGCUUCAACAGACCCACCACCUAAAAUGCUUGAGCUCUUCUCUUACGAAAACAACCCGUAUUCACGGUUGGUGCGUGAAGCACUGUGUGAGCUGGAGCUCCCAUAUGUAUUACACAACAUUGGAGAAGGGUCCACACGGACUAGAUCACUUCUAAAUGCUUCAGGAUCUAAUAAGGUUCCAUUCUUGGUUGAUCCAAACACUGGUGUCCAUUUAGGUGAUUACGAGAAGAUCUUGGCUUACCUUUUCAAGACUUAUUCUUCAGCAGCAUCUGCAUAG